AUGACCAUUUUUGAGAUCAAAGAGCCUCUUACGCCGUCUACUGCUGAGUCCUUCAAAAAGAUAUUGAACAAGAAGCUCGAGAAUAUUUUGAAAAAGAGCAGCAAGAAAACUCGCGUAUUGAUUGUUGAUUGCUCUUUUGUCAAUUGCUGCGAAAAUAUCCAAAAUGUCAGGUAUGGAGCAUCCAUGGAAUUUCUGUUUCCAUAUCCCAUUCCAUAUUCGAUGGUAAAUACACGAAGGAAGGGCAGCACCUUUGGAAACCAGAUGUUCAUCAUUGCCAUUUUGCUCAAGUUUUACCUUGAAACCGAGAUGAAAGGUCUCAGCGAGCCUCCUUUAUUCUUCAAAAAGGAGAAUAUCUAUUCCACUCUGGAGCUUUAUGCUUAUGGCGAACUAGAAAAAACCAAAAGGGAAACCAAGUCAUCUGUUUUGAAGCUCUUCAGGAUUUUGAGCGAAAAGAUAUAUGAAAAUGACGACAAUCUCAAAGCCUUUUUGAAGCAUGUAGUGAUUGAAAACAUCAAAACGUCUUCUGAUCGGCUUGUAUCAUCUCCCGCUGAAUUUAUUUUAUCUUGA